AUGCUCACUCUUCCAUCACAUGAAUUAUCUACUUCAAGUAAAACAUCUUCAGGAUAUUUAACUGACUAUAACAGACCAAUCAAUAAAUCUGAUUGUUGUUCCCCUUCCACUUCAUCAUCUGUAACACCAUCGUCAUCUUUGUCAACAUCGCCUCCUGUAUCCCAUUCUGUGUUUAAUAAGAUGACAUCGAAUUCUUUACUCCAAUUACAAAAUUAUUCAGACCAAUAUAUUCAACAAAAUAAUGAAAGGACUGUUUGUGAGAAUGAAAAUUAUUCCAACAGUCAAAACAAAAUGACAACACCACAUUGUAAAUCGGAUUUAAGGAGUUUAGCUCAUUUCAUUGACAGUAAAACCAUGAAUUCUAAUGAUUAUCCUGUUGGUAACUACCAACAUCAAAGAUAUCACCAUUCUAAUGAUUUGCUAAACACUGAAAACGAACCCGUUCGUUACAACCCCGUAUCGAAUUGUUUCGUUGACACCUAUCAGUCUCCCUGUCCACCAUAUUCACUAUAUAAUAAGUAUGAAAAUAAUUCCACUGGAAAAUCAGAUCAUUGCGUGAGGCAGGAAAUGGAAUUCAGUAAUAUAAAAAAUUUCUCAGCAGCUGAUUCUAGAAAUCAUCUGUCUAAUUGUAAUCAUGAACAAAAUGGAACAAUACAAAACAGUUUAUCAUCAUCGAACUCCGAGGUUUUCGCAACAACAUUUCAUUCAUCAUUACACGGUGUUGUUAAAGAAUAUGAUGAUAAUGAUAAUGAUAAUGAAGAUAUUGAUAAUUCUUUAUAUAAUUCUAUUGAAUCCAAUUAUUCUUUGGAAGAAAAUGAAAUGAAUAAGAUGUAUUUGACUGAAAAUAUGACUUUAAGAAGAACAGUCAAUAUGAAUUCAUCUUUAAACCAACAUGGAUAUAGAAAGGCUAUGGUGGAGUAUGAAGGAAUAAAUGAGAAAGAUUCAAAGUUAUCGAUUAAUCAAAUUUUUCCCAAGACCAAUCAAGAAUGUGUAAAAUGUGGUGAACAAAUCUACUCAAAUGGGCAACCAGAUGGUACAGGUCAUUACUUUUGUAGUCGAUGUAAUCAGCAAGAACAACAACUACUCAGGCAUGAAGGAAAAGAAACAACAAAAAAUACUGAAGAGUACGAAGAUGGUGAUGAUGAUAAUGUAGAUGACGAUGAUGAUGAUGAUGAAGAUGAAGAUGAUGAAGAAGAAGAGGACAGAGUUACAGAUCCUGCUAAAAUAUUUCUAACUAAAUGGCCAUCUGUUUCGACAGCUAUAAACUGUAAAGACAAUAGUCAGAUAUCUAAGGUAUCCAUGGAAGAUGAAAUAAAACCAUAUGCAACAUCAGACAGAACCAGUUGCUGUGAUAUAAAAAUCAAUAAUUCAAUUAAUUAUGGAGUGAAUAAUGAUACUUAUGGAAAUAAAUUAAAUCCAUAUGAACCAGCUAGUGAAUCUUCAAAGAAUGUCAUCAAUGAUCAUGCACUUUUAUCCAAUGCACCCUUUUCUUACUCACCAUUGUCAUGUAGACGUGCCUUCCGUAGCGGUAUUGAAAAAACCGUUACAAACAGAAAAUCAAGAACACGUCCAACAUCAAUGCGAAAAGAUGCAAUCCAGACAAGGAAAAGAAAGUCGAAGAAAAGAAAAGAUUAUAGCUUGACAGUUGCUGUCGCAGCAGCUGCCGCAGCUGCUGCAGCAUCAGUAGUUUCUGUAACUGCAUCAUCAGACUCUUCAACACCUGUUGUGCCCACAUUAACAAACCCUUUUUAUUGGAGACCAUGUUCAACAACGGAAUUAUGUCAAUCAAAUAAAAUGUCGGUUUUUGAUCCAGGUCUAUUCCAUUCAAACUCGACAAAUUCACAUUUAUUACCAAUGCCUGGAUCAUUUUCACGAUUUCUUCCAGAACAAUUGCCGAUGUUGCGAAAUAAAAAUUUUGAAGAUUCAGUAUGUUCUCCUACGUCUGAUAACUAUGAUAAAUCAUUCAAUCAAUAUGAAAUGACAAAUAGCAACAAAAGUGUAGUUGAAAGAACAUCGGCCUACACUACAAAUUUUUUAAAUUCAGAGUCAAACAAUUAUGCUGAUCAUCAGAAGCCGAUGUUCAAUUACCAAAAUUAUCAAGCUGAAUUAACUUAUCAGUUACAAAAGCAUUUCUCAUUACAAUCCAAUCAACUAAACAUACAUUCAGGUACAUACUUGAAUAAUGAUAAUUUAUGUUUACCUUCAUCUGUGAACUAUCAACAACUUCAUCGACAAGAACUUCAUCCAUCAUUCUCAUCCUUUUCACCAUCAUCAAUAUCAUCAAAUAAUCGACAAUGUGAUUAUCAUACUUAUCAAGAAAAUGAACAAUAUAGUCACCAUCCUCAUUAUCACGGACCGUUGAUGAGCAUACAGAAUAGUUUAUUAUUAAAUUCCUUAGAUUUAAAUGGAAAAAAUUCUCAUGUAGUAAAUGAACAUCAUGUCAAUCCACUGACAACUUUAAAUAAUGACAAAAGCAAUAAACUAAGUGCAUGUAGUAUAUUAUCACCUUAUAGGCAACGACACUCGUAUCAUUCAGAACAGCUUCAACAACAACCAAAUAUCUUUAUUCGGUCGUCAGAAAGAAAUCAGAAACCACUAUCAUACUUUCCAUUACAAUACACAGAUGACAAAUUGCUUUGGAAUAUAUCAUCGUCAUCAUCCAACAAUGAUAAUCGAGAAAGUUUAAAUCCUACUAAAAAUAUGCACUUGUUGAAACAACAGCAACAAGAGGAAACUUAUGAGUCAAACCGAUCAAUAGAUAAUUAUUUGGAUCAAAUGUAA